AUGCCAGUUGAUCUGAAUGGGUAUUGGAAAAUGAUCUCAAAUGACAACUUCGAGGAGUACUUAAAGGCCCUCGAUGUUAAUGUUGCCAUUAGGAAAAUUGCCACCUUGUUGAAGCCCGACAAAGACAUCAGUCAUGAUGGCGACCACGUGGUCAUCAAGACUCUCAGUACCUUUAAGAACUACAACAUGGAUUUCCAUGUUGGCAAGGAGUUUGAGGAGGAUCUGUCAGGGGUGGAUGACAGAAAAUGCAUGACCACUAUCUCAUGGGAGGGAGACAAUCUGGUGUGUGUGCAGAAGGGAGAGAAAGAAGGAAGAGGCUGGACCCAUUGGGUGGAGGGGGAUGAGCUUCAUCUGGAGCUGAGAGCUUGUGGAGCUGUGUGCAAGCAGGUCUUCAAGAAAACCUAA